AUGGCGGGACUGCAGUGCUGCCGCCGUGAGGCUGUUGCGUAUUUUGCUGGUAUAGCUGGGUUACCACUGCAGUGCUCUUAUGCUGCUCUCCUCCUGGAUGCCUGUUGGAUUAGUUCAAGAGUGCACUCCCACUGGUGUCAUUCCCAUGAGGCCCGUUCUCCUGUUGGAGGUCUGCACACAGUGACAGUAUGGCGGUCAAGGAGGUGUGACCAGGAUGCAAGGGCAUCCCUGCCUUCUGUUUGGCAGUCACCUCUACCCAUGUUCUUGUCAACCGCAGCCUUGGCCAUGGCCUCCAUGCCAAGGGCACACUUGCCAGGGCAAAAACUUAGCCACAGUAUGUCCAGCCUGCCAUCGCCACCCUUGGCUAGUGUACAAACUGGCCAUGAGGCAGGCAACCUGGAUCAACCAGUUUCUCUGGUCCCGAAUGUGGACGCCCCAUCGGAAGGAUCCCAGUCUGGUGGGGCUGGCCCAGUGGCGGGCCAGGGGCUCUGUGCCUCACUGAGCAGUGCCUCAAGUCUGGCCAAUGGCUUGGAGGCAGGGGAGAAGAGUCAAGAGGAAGAGCAGACAGAACAGGGGGGAAAAGGCGAAGGUGGGAGAGGCAGUCCUUCUUCGCAGGGUGAACCUGGGAGCAGCGAGGGCCCCACCCUGUCGUCUGAGGCCUCAGAUCAUGACAUGUGGGCUCCGUAUGACGAUGAGGACGAAAUCACCCUGUCCCGUUUUCCCCCGUUAGCUCCAUUGGUGGUUGCAAAGGGAGAGGGAUUCGUUGAUUUCCGCAGAUUGGCGAGUCUAGAAGAGGUGGAAAAUGAAAUUCGAGAACUCGGCGACGCCGUAGAAGGGCACCAUCUGGCCGCGGCCUUCAACAGGCUGAAGCAAAUGCAGAUUGGGGCUGAUUUGAACCAGAAACGGGUCCUGUUGAAGAAGCUGAGAGGGUCAUUUCUUGAAGAACUUUCCCAUAUGAUGAUCAAAUAUGCACACAAGCUAAGCCCCAGGAAUGUGGUGGCAGUCAUCCAUGCCUGUGCAAAACUGCGAUAUGUCAAUUGUGGUUUGCUGGAGGUACUGUCAAAGGAGAUGUUGAGAAAAAAGUCUGCAAAGGUAUUCUACUCCAUGGAGUUGGCAAAUCUGGUGUACAGCUUGGGGGUAUUGGCAAAGACUCAUGCUUUUCUGUCAGCAGCUCAUCUGGGAAACUUGGAAUACUAUCGGAUGCAUGGGCCCAAGCCAGUGGCCCCCAUGUUUGCCAGUCAGGGCAGGCUGUUGAGAGAUAUAGCCAAGGAAAUGACUGUCUCUCAUCGAUUGACUGACUUCAAGACUCAAGAGCUUGCAAACACAGUCUAUGGGUUUGCGUUGUUGGACUUUCGUGAUGACCAUGCAUUGGUCGCCAUAUCUAGGGAGCUGCUGAGCCCAGAACAUCAAGACCACUUUGAGGACCAAGAAAUCUCCAACAUCGUCUACGGUUUUGGGUUGCUUGGGUACAGGGAUGAGUACUGCAUCAUGGCCCUUCUGAAUGGAGCCCUUACGACAGGGAAACUUGCAACCUUUCUGCCCCAGCACGUCGCUAACAUCCUGUAUGGCUUGGCAAAGCUGGGCUUUCGAUAUGACAAAUUUUUGGAAGCGGCGAUGGAACGCAUUGUCCACCCCCAGGACCUUGCAAAAUUUAGGGAGCAGGAGCUGGCGAACCUGACAUCGUGCCUCGCUGUUCUGGGUGUUAAAGAUCCCCAGAUCUUUGCUGCUUUGGUGUCAGAGAUCACAAAGCGCAGACACAUGCAGCGGUUUACGGUGCAGAAUUUGUCAUCCAUCGUUCUAGGUUUAGCUGAGGCUGGUCACCGGGAUGUGGAUGCUCUCAACUGUUUGGCGGAAGAGAUCGUCCGGCCAAGGAGAAUGGCAGGCUUUUCUCCGCGGGAUCUGGUGGACAUCAUACAAGCUUUUGACAAGCUGCAGUUUCACCACCAGGGGUUCUUUUUGGCACUAGCAGCAGAAUUGCGAAAGCCACAUAGGGCUUCUCAGGCCAGCAGGGAACUAUGGCAGGUCUGCCGGGGUCACCUCAUGGCAUAUUCCUUUGCAUUCCCGUUUUGA